GUGGUGGCUGAAGAACAAGCUAAACGUGAUCUACAUGAGCGUGAGUGUCGUGCUGCUGAUGCACGUGGGCAUGUCGCCCCUGCUGCAGGGGGUGCUCAAGAUAUGCAAGUUGAUGGUGAUUCCCCUUCUUCGCGACCUGGGCAAGUUCAACCCCCCACUGGUGGCCAUCCAGCUGCUAGUGAAGUUGGUGGAGUUGCUGGCCCAGUUCCUGAACCCCCAG